AUGACAGGAGCGUUCCACUGUCUGGGUGGUGUGUUCUCACCACCGGCAUUCUUGAUUGUGCUAUCACAAUUGGUUCUCACUUGCGCCGCCAUCUUCCAUGAAUCUUAUAGCCCCACGCGUUGGCAGGUCUUCUUGCUGUAUCAGUUCUGGAACGUGGUAGCCCUCGUUGUCUUGCUCUACGGUAGUCGAAUCCUGCCACUACUUAGUUCCAUUGCCUUUGUGUUCUUGGCAGGUGGGUUAUUUGUUACUAUUGGACUUCUCGUCGGCUUCGCUCCAGUCAAGGCCUCAAACCAAGUCGUCUGGUUUGACUUCCAAAACCUGACUGGAUAUGAGUCUCCUAUCAUCUGCACGAUGCUAGGUUUGCUGGGACCUGUCUACGGUUUUGGACCUCCUCACUUCCUUCUCAACAUGGCCGAAGACGUCAAGAACCCAUCCAAGAAUAUGCCCAUCGCUCUGGCAGCUCAACAAAUUGGAAGUACGAUAUUGCUUUUGGCAUUUUACAUCGCAGCUUACUACACAGUUGUCGACUACGAUGCUUUGUUCGCAUCGACGUUUCCUUCUGUUGUUGGAGCUGUGUACCUGGACGCAACCAACAACCGUGCAGUGACCCUUGUCCUACUCAUCAUCGUCUUGGCACCGGCGUUCUUUUCGUGCUUUAGCUACUUCCUGGCAAACAUCCGCCUUUUGUAUGGAUUUACGAGAGAUGGAGCUGUUCCGCACCGUGAUUGGUUUUCCAAGGUUGAUACGCGCCGAAAUAUCCCAAUCAAUAUUCUCUACGUGUCAACAUUUAUCAACUUCCUCCUUGGUUUUAUUUACCUUGGUAGCAGUGCUGGCUUCAGCAUUAUAUUAGGAUCUUCGGGAAUAUUCUACUGUGCCGGCUACAUUGUGUUCUUCGUCCCAACAAUAUUUAAUCGUCGUCGGUAUAUCGGCGAUGGAGUAUUCAAGCUUCCCUUCGGUGUCGGCAUGGCCUUUGCGAUUUUUUCGGUUAUCUAUGAGGCAUGGACGAUGGUUCUCUACUCUCUGCCUCCAGCAUAUCCAGUUACCCCCGAGAAUGCCAAUCUAACACCAGUGUUCCUGGUCGCCGGGACUUUGUUAAGUUUGGCAGGGUACCACUUUCACGGCCGUACACAUUUCCAGACCUAA